AUGUCUGUCGACGCGAUGAUAGAAGUAUACGCUCGCAAAGGCUUGACCCUAAAAGACUUGGUUGUUUUAGCCGGUGCACACUCAAUCGGCAAUAUACACUGCAAGAUGUUUGAUUACAGAAUAUAUCUCAAUUUAACUGAUACAAAAGUCCCUCCAAUGGUCACAUCCUUUGCUGCUUAUCUGAAAACAAAGUGCCCGUCGCCAAACUUAGGGACUUGGGAAGAGAGAGAUAAGGUAAUUGUGCAGUUUGAUCCGUUCUCACCAUUCAGACUCGACAAUACAUUCUAUAAGAAUUUGUUGAGAGGGAGAGGGUUGCUCCAAUCGGAUCAGGUAUUGGUUUCUGAUCGGCGGACACGGCGGAUUGUGCGUGACAUGGCUUUUAAUCCGGAAGUAUGGAGCCGGAAGUUUGUCCGUGCCAUGAUUAAGAUGGGAAAUGUGGAUGUCCUCACUGGAAAUGAAGGCGAGAUAAGAAGAAACUGUCGGAUAUUCAACUAA